UUUCUGAUGCUAUACUGUAAAUUUAUUUCACCUCAGAGAGUAAACAGAUAUAUUGGAGCCCCAAGGGUUCAUGGGUAGCGUAUUUACAAAGGAGGCUCCUCCGCCAGCCCGUGCCACCGCUGCUAAUGAGAGCGGUCAUUAAGUAAAUGAGACAUCGCCUUUAGCUGGCUUAGGAGUUCGCACACGGAGGGGAGAAGAUAUUUAAUUGAAACGCGCACACAAGCUUCCCCACAUGUGACCGCUGCGAGGGAGGCAGCUGCCUUCCCCUCCCCCAGUCCACCCGGCACCCCCCAUGUAAAUUUCAUGAUUGCUUUCCGUGAUGUCAUUUUGAAAGAGGACAGACAAUAGCUGUGAGGAAAGGUGGGUCUUACCUGGCUUUCUUCAGCACCCUUGGUUGGAACUGCUAUAUUCAUGCACAUCCACACCCUGCUGACCUGUGUCCUCUAAAGCAGCUGCCAGAGCUGGGAUGAUGGUGCAGAACCUCUGAGAGAAAAUGAGUUCCGGGGUGAACUGCUGACCCAGAGGUGGACACCUGGAGACAAGGCCAGCAUCUACAGGACCUCAAGACGCCUCUUGGGCAGACACAACAAGAUGAGCUUAGAAAGUGAUGACAAGCGAGCCCGCACGAGGUCCAAGGCCCUCCGAGGACCUCCGGAAACCACAGGCGCAGACCUCAGUUGCCCCACCCCAGGAUGCACGGGCUCAGGACAUGUCCGGGGCAAAUACUCCAGGCACCGAAGUUUACAGAGCUGCCCUCUGGCCAAGAAGAGGAAGCUGGAGGGUGCUGAGGCUGAGCACCUGGUGUCCAAGAGGAAGUCGCAUCCCCUGAAGUUGGCUCUGGAUGAGGGCUAUGGUGUGGACAGCGAUGGCAGUGAGGAUGGUGAGGUGAAGGACGUCUCUGUUUCGGAUGAAUCGGAAGGAACUCUGGAUGAGGCCGAAGCUGAGAUGUCUGGACAGGAGGAGAUUCAUCGCCCAGAGCCAGCUGAAGGAAGGAGCCCCAUUAAGUCCCAUUUUGGAUCCAACCCCAUCAGCAGCCCCACUGGCUCUUCCAAGGGCAGCUACAGCAGCUACCAGGGAAUUAUUGCAACUUCUCUCCUAAACUUGGGCCAGAUUGCUGAAGAGACCCUGGUUGGGCAAGACUCGGGCCGAGCAGCCAAGCUGGGCCCCAGCGUUGUGCACCUGCUUCCAGAGGAGGCUACAGAGGGGGCCACCAGUGAUGAGGGUGAGAAGGACCUUUUUAUCCAGCCAGAGGAUGCGGAAGAGGUCAUUGAAGUCACCAGCGAGCGUUCCCAGGAGCCAUGUUCCCAGUCCAUGGAGGAUGUGGCCAGGGAGUGUUCCAGCAAGCAGAAAGGUGUUCUGGGUCAUGAAGAGGAGGAGGAAGAGGAGGAGGAAGAAGAGGAAGAAGAGGAAGAGGAAGAAGAGGAAGAGGAGGAAGAGGAGGAAGAAGAAGAGGAAGAGGAAGAGGAGGAAGAAGAGGAGGAGGAGGAAGAGGAGGAAGAGGAGGGAGAAGAAGAGGCAGCUCCCAAGGUGCUGUUUGAGGAGGACGCCUCGCACACUUCUGCCCCGAAGGCCUCUGAGCCCCAUUGCCCAGAGCCAUCCACUCUCAAGCCUGAGUAUUCCGUCAUUGUGGAGGUCCGGUCUGAUGAUGACAAGGAUGAGGACAUGCACUCCCAGAAGUCCACGGUCACGGAUGAGUCGGAGAUGUACGACAUGAUGACCCGAGGGAACUUGGGGCUUUUGGAGCAGGCCAUCGCCCUGAAGGCUGAGCAGGUUCGCGCUGUCUGUGAGCCAGGCUGCCCACCUGCUGAGCAGGGCCAGCAGGGCCCAGGAGAGCCAGGAAAGGUGGCAAAGUCCCUAGACACAAUGCGGAAGAGCUGCUACAGUAAAGAUCCUUCCAGAGCUGAGAAGCGUGAGAUCAAGUGUCCAACCCCUGGCUGUGAUGGUACUGGCCAUGUUACUGGGUUGUACCCUCACCACCGUAGCCUGUCUGGCUGUCCCCACAAGGACAGGAUCCCUCCAGAGAUCUUGGCCAUGCAUGAGAAUGUGCUGAAGUGCCCCACUCCUGGCUGCACAGGUCAGGGCCAUGUGAACAGCAACCGCAACACACACAGAAGUUUGUCUGGAUGUCCCAUUGCUGCCGCUGAAAAAUUAGCCAAAUCUCAUGAGAAGCAGCAGCCGCAGAUGGGAGAUCCUUCCAAGAAUAGCUCCAAUUCAGAUCGGAUCCUCAGGCCCAUGUGCUUCGUGAAGCAGCUUGAGGUCCCUCCAUAUGGGAGCUACCGGCCCAAUGUGGCUCCUGCCACACCAAGGGCCAACUUGGCCAAGGAACUAGAGAAGUUCUCCAAGGUCACCUUUGACUACGCAAGUUUUGAUGCUCAGGUUUUUGGCAAACGUAUGCUUGCCCCAAAGAUUCAGACCAGCGAAACCUCACCCAAAGCCUUCCAAUGCUUCGACUACUCACACGACGCCGAGGCUGCACACAUGGCUGCCACCGCCAUUCUGAACCUCUCUACCCGCUGCUGGGAGAUGCCUGAGAACCUCAGCACAAAGCCACAGGACCUUCCCAGCAGGUCUGUGGACAUCGAGGUAGAUGAAAAUGGAACACUAGACUUGAGCAUGCACAAACACCGCAAACGAGAAAAUGCUCUCCCCAGCAGCAGCAGCUGCAGCAGCAGCCCUGGGGUCAAGUCUCCUGAUGUUUCUCAGCGCCAGAGCAGCACUAGCGCCCCCAGCAGCUCCAUGACCUCACCCCAAUCCAGCCAGGCCUCCCGCCAGGAUGAAUGGGACCGACCCCUGGACUAUACCAAGCCCAGCCGCCUGCGGGAGGAGGAGCCUGAGGAGUCAGAGCCAGCAGCACAUUCUUUUGCUUCUUCUGAAGCAGAUGACCAGGAGGUGUCGGAAGAGAACUUUGAGGAGCGGAAGUACCCAGGGGAAGUCACCCUGACAAACUUUAAGCUGAAGUUUCUCUCCAAGGACAUAAAGAAGGAGCUGCUCACCUGUCCCACCCCCGGCUGUGACGGCAGUGGCCACAUCACCGGGAACUAUGCCUCCCACCGCAGCCUCUCUGGUUGCCCUCUUGCUGACAAGAGCCUCAGAAACCUCAUGGCUGCCCACUCUGCUGACCUCAAGUGCCCCACGCCUGGCUGCGAUGGCUCUGGCCACAUUACAGGGAACUACGCUUCUCACCGGAGCUUGUCAGGCUGCCCACGUGCCAAGAAGAGUGGACUCAAGGUCGCGCCCAGCAAGGAUGACAGAGAGGACCCUGAGCUGAUGAAGUGCCCGGUUCCAGGCUGUGUGGGGCUUGGCCAUAUCAGUGGCAAGUACGCCUCGCACAGAAGUGCAUCUGGCUGCCCUCUGGCUGCCCGGAGACAGAAAGAGGGCUCCCUCAAUGGUUCUUCCUUUUCCUGGAAGUCACUGAAGAGCGAGGGACCCACCUGUCCUACCCCGGGCUGUGACGGCUCUGGCCAUGCCAAUGGGAGCUUCCUCACUCAUCGGAGUUUGUCUGGUUGUCCCAGAGCAACUUUUGCUGGAAAGAAGGGAAAACUCUCAGGGGAUGAGACUCUCAGCCCAAAGUUCAAGACCAGUGAUGUGUUGGAGAACGACGAGGAGAUCAAACAGCUGAACCAGGAGAUCCGAGACCUGAAUGAGUCCAACUCGGAGAUGGAGGCUGCCAUGGUACAGUUGCAGUCCCAGAUCUCCUCCAUGGAGAAGAACCUGAAGAAUAUUGAGGAAGAGAAUAAGCUCAUCGAGGAACAGAAUGAAGCCUUGUUUCUGGAGCUGUCUGGGCUGAGCCAGGCUCUCAUCCAAAGUCUUGCCAAUAUUCGCCUUCCACACAUGGAGCCAAUAUGUGAACAGAAUUUUGACGCCUAUGUGAGCACCCUCACCGACAUGUACUCCAACCGGGACUGCUACCAGAACCCUGAGAACAAGGGCCUCCUGGAGACCAUAAAGCAGGCUGUGAGGGGCAUCCAGGUCUAGACUGACAUGUGCUGCGAAGGCCCCGCCUGGCUCCCAUGUUUACCUCCCUCACCCUGCUGCUUGUGGCGGGGAAUCCCUAACUCACAGCGACUUCUAGUUGGCGGGUGGGGUGUGGCCUCAGGCAGGUUCGUCCAAAGGGUGCCUGGAAAUUAGUGUCUCUGCUGAUGCCCCGUCAGGCCCAGGCCUCCUCAUACGAGUGCCUGGGACACCGAAGUAUUACAAAGUGAUUUAUUUUUGUUUUCUGAAAAAAAUCAGAAGAGCAGCUCAAAGUCUCCAGUGGAGGUUCAUGGACAAGGUUCUCAGGGAAGUUUUGGAGUUUUGCAACCACAGUAUUUCUUUCUGUUGCGGCUGGGAGGGCAGCCACAGGCUCCCUGGCCAGGGAUCUCCGCCUGCAGGACAUGCCUGGGGCUAUGUGCCUGUGCUCAGUAGGCCCAGGUGGCGAGUGUUUUCUGUUUUCAUUUAAUUCAGCUUUGUGUUAGGGUGGGACAAAGCUAUUUCAGAGGUAAAAUUAGGAGUAGGCCUUCCACAGAGGGUCCCACAACUGGCAACUGGCAAGCACUCAGCCCAGUCAGCUCCGGGGAUUUUAACCUGUGAGGCCCCUGAAAAUCAGCCUGCUACCUGGGGCAGCUGGAGCCCUGAGGCUGUGCAGACCUGUGUGGCCGGGGUUCUCUCUGGGGCUGCAGCCUUUAAGUCCAGGCCCACCCAGGCCUCUGAGCUGCCCCUGUCCUGGUUGUGGCUGGGUUUGUUCUGCAUCAAAGGUGGGGACAGUGUCAGCGAGGUCAGGGGUGAAUUCCUCAUGGGAGACCACUGAGGCUUCACUUCUGUUUAGAUCAUUCAAGAUGGAAAAGAAAAGGUAAAUUUUAAUUUAAUGUGUUAAAAACACAAUGUUCCUACCAUGUAAAUAGAGUCCAAGUCAACUGUGACUGCAAUUAUGAAUUAGUAUUUAAAAGUAGAGAAAUUGCACUUCCUGGAAGACAUUGAAAGUAGUUAGUUUAAUUAUUCUGUAAAUUAUUUAAUUUUGUCAAGAUGUAAGUAUUUAUAUUCACACCCUCUUAUGUUAAUGUUUGCUAUUUAUUUAACAUUUUUAUUUAUUAAUUUUUAUGAUGUCAACCAGAUCCCACACUAGGGCACCAUAAGAGUGAAAUAAGGGGAAUCAAAGCAGAAGUAACUAUUUGACUAUAAGAUAGGCCACAAAAAUCUUGUAUAACUUCUAGUUAUAAUUUUGAUGCAACCAAGUUAUUUUUUAUAUAUUUUGUUAUUUAUUCUUUUAAUAAUGGAAUUUUUAAAAAAGUAUUUUGUAACCAAGGAAUUUUGAUAAUUUGGGGAUUUUUUCUUCCCUUUGGUCUGAUGGAGAGAAAGCUGUUUUGGUUUUCUUUUUCCUUUUUGGGUUUCUUUGUUUCAGGCACAACAGCAAGUGGAAUUCUGUAUUUAUUAUUAUUUAAGUGUAGCGCAGCUGUGUGUGCUCCUUCGUGUUUCUCGUGUUAUGUUUGUGGCGCUUCUCCGGCUGAGUCCCGUUGCUAUGCGGGCCCGCUGGCUGCAGCCAGCGCCAAACAGUGACCCAAACUCAGGGGCCGCACUGUGUUGGGCCCCUGGCAGCCCUGAUACUGUGACCCGCCUUCCUCAGGAAACGCACUGGACCCACAGCACUUCGUUUGUGUUUGGAGGGUGAUUUCCUAAUAAAAAGUCUGACUGUGA